GUGACAGUUCAGCAAGCAACCGACAUCACCAUGGCAUGGCCGGCCGCCCACGUAUUGCUGUCUUUCUUGCUCAUAAUUUCAGACCUGGGCUGGCGGACCUGUGCAAAACAUUAUUCUGAAACAUCACUUCUAGAAAUUACAAUACCACGGAAGAUUCAUACUAACAGGAUUGAUGGCGAGGAAUCAGAAAUGCAUGUAACUUAUGCCAUCAAAAUUGGCAGGAAAAUAUACACUUUCCAUCUUGAAAAACAGUCAUUUUUAGAUCCCCAUUUCUUCAUUUAUUUAUACAACAAAUCAGGAGAACUGUAUCCAGAUUCUUCAUUUCUAAAGGAUGAUUGCUUUUAUCAAGGAUAUGCUGCAGAGAUUCCAAAGUCAGUUGUGACACUUAGCGUCUGUUCAGGACUUAGGGGAUUAUUGCAGUUUGAGGAUGUCAGUUAUGGAAUUGAACCAUUGGAAUCUGCAGCUACAUAUGAGCAUAUGCUUUAUCAGAUAAAUAAUAAUAAAGUUGAUUUUCCUCCCUUAAGAGGAAAUUAUCCAAGAGCCCAAUUGGUAGAUCAGUCCCACAGGAUUCUUGUGAAAUCAGAAAAAAAAAAAUCAGAUGUUGCACUAUUCAACAGAAUUCUGAAAAUACAAAUCAUUAUGGAAAAAGCCUUGUAUGAUUAUAUGGGCUCUGAAGUGGCAGUUGCAACUGAGAAAGUUGUUUAUAUAUUUAGUAUUAUCAAUACUAUGUUUUCUCAGCUGAAUGUGACUGUUAUGCUAUCUUCCUUGGAGAUCUGGUCUGCUCAAAAUAAAAUUUCAUCUGAUGGGCAUGCUGAUGAAGUACUACAAAGAUUUGUGUCAUGGAAGGAAAAAUUUUUGUUUCAAAGGUCCAGUGAUAUGGCAUACUUAUUAAUUUAUAGGGACCAUCCUAAUUAUGUGGGAGCAACCUAUCAUGGAAAAGCAUGUGAUCCAAACUUUGCAGCAGGAAUUGCUCUGUACCCAAAGAUGAUAUCUUCAGAGGCAUUUUCAGUUAUUAUGGCACAAUUGCUUGGAAUCAAUAUGGGCUUAACCUAUGAUGACAUCUAUAACUGUGAAUGUCCAGGGACUAUAUGCAUAAUGAAUCCUGAGGCAAUACGUUCCCGUGGUGUAAAGUUUUUUAGCAGUUGCAACAUGGAUGAAUUUAAACAUAUAGUUUCACAGCCUGAAUUUGAAUGUCUUCAGAAGCAAACACUUUCGACAGGGGUUUUUCAAGGAAGAAACACAACUUGUGGAAAUGGAAUUUUGGAACUACCAGAAGAGUGUGAUUGUGGCCCAGUACAGACUUGCACUCAUGAAAAAUGCUGUCAAGCGGAAGAGUGUCGUCUAAUUGGAAAUGCAGAGUGUGGCAGUGGAGCAUGCUGUAAUAAAAAGACUUGUAAGAUAAACCCAAGAGGACGUGUAUGUAGGAAAAGCACAGAUCCAUGUGACUUUGCCGAAUUUUGUGAUGGAUUAUCUGAGUUUUGUGUCCCUGAUGUGAAAUCUCUCGAUUUAGAGCCAUGUAAUAAUGGCACUGCCUAUUGCUAUAAGGGAAUAUGCAGAGAUCCAGAUAGACAGUGUCUAGAGAUAUUUGGAAAAUUUGCUAAGGUUUCUUCUUAUCUGUGUUCACAAGAAGUAAAUAUUCAAAAUGACAUAUUUGGAACAUGUGGCAGACCAUGUAAUUUUGAGGAUACGUUUUGUGGAAAGAUAGUUUGUCACUGGACAUUCUCACGGCUAGUACAAUCAACAGGGUUUGAUAUUCAAUAUACUUACCUUGGAGGUCAUAUAUGUAUGUCUGCAAAUGUAAGAAAUAAUUCUGUCACACUAAGAGAUGUCACCUAUGUAGAAAAUGGUACUAUGUGUGGUGAAGGAAAGUAUUGUGAAAAUGGAGCUUGCUUAGCUAUCCAAAGCACCAGAAAGAAUAUUACGUGUGACUCAAAGGAAAAAUGCCAAGGACAUGGAGUUUGCAAUACUCUCAAUAAUUGUCAAUGUGAUGCUGGAUAUGCUCCUCCAGAAUGCAGACGAUAUAAGGGAUCACCAGGAGGAAGUAUUGAUGAUGGAUAUUGGCUUGUAAAAUCUAAAAAUACAGAGUUGAUUAUAAAACAUGCUGCUCCUAAAAAAAAUGGACUUUUAAUCAGCUUCUACAUUUUUCUACCUGUCCUCAUUUUAAUUGCCACCAUAGCUCUUAAAUGGUAUAAUGUGAAGAGAUCUUGGAACAGAGAGGGAACAGUAAGUGGAGGAUCUAUUACAGAAGACAGCACUAGUAACAGCAACCAGUCAUUGACUUAAAGGUGAAUUAAAGAAAUAAAAUUAUUGACAAUGAUAAAAUCAUGAAACAAUUUAAAAUUUUUUUAAAACAGUAACUCAGUAUAAGAGAGCUCAGUUUCACAUUUCAUCAUUUCAACUCUGACUUGUCAACAUCUAUUAAAGCGAAGACUCAUACAAAGCAUUGGAGGUUAAUU